AUGCUGGAUGAACUUCAGCGGAAGCCGGGCAACGUGUAUCAUGGCAGAUACACGAGAGACGUCGAGAGCCCGGAGUUCCUGGUGCCGCGGCGCGUCUUCCACGACGGCAGUUUCCGGAGUUACGUCCUGCCGGAGUUCUACGACCGGCGGGAGGUGGUCGGGCGCCAGAAGAGGUCCUCUUCCGAGGAGGAUCGCGACCGGCAGAGGGGCGACGAGCUGCACCUCGUGCUGCCGUUCAACGGAAUGGACCACCACGUCGAGCUGCAGCCUCACCACGAGUUCAUCUCGCCGAAAGCGGUGGUCGAGACGAGGAGCGCCCCCCUCGACGGCGCCAACCUGAACGACGCCGUCGCGUUCAGGAGUCUGCCCGACCGGCAGUGCCACUAUAGAGGCGUGGUCAGGGGCCACGACAACUCCAGAGCGGCCCUGUCCCUCUGCGACGGCGUCGCCGGCUACGUACAGACCAAUCAAGGACGAUAUUUCAUCGAGCCAAUAAGCGAGGCGGAACCUGCAGCGGACGGCCAACACGUUCACAUGGCUUAUAAGAGAUCAGCCCCUCACGAAAGGACCGAAGGAAGGGAACGGAGAAGUCAUUGCGCAACGGACGACAACUGGGAAGCCGCUUGGGCCGAACAGUUGGCCAAGAGGCAACAACUUUUGGAGAAUAACCCAAACGCUCUGAAGCGCAAGGAGCCGUCAUCCGGGACGCACAGUAUUCAUCGAUACAUCGAAGUCGCCUUGAUCGUCGACAGACGAUUUUUGGACUACCACAAUGGAACCAACUACGAGUCGUAUCUCCUCACGAUCAUGAACAUGGCGUCGGAUUUCUACCACGACGGCUCCACCGGAAACCAAAUAGACGUGGUCAUAGUCAGAGUGAUCUACUUGGAGCUCCAGAAGGACGAGAUAGACUUGCACAUUAGCCCAGCGGCGGAGAAAACGUUGGACAGUUUCGCUGCGUGGUCGAACAAGAUGAAUCCUAAGGAUCACGAUCAUCCGAAUCAUCACGACAUUGCCGUUCUGGUUACCCGAUACGACAUAUGCGCCUCGGACAGCGGCUGCGACCUCCUGGGUCUGGCUUACGUGGCUGCAGCUUGCGAUCCGGAGAAAGCAGCUUGCAUCAACGAGGACGCCGGGCUUGUCCUGGGCAUCGUGAUAACUCACGAAGUCGGCCACGUCAUGGGGUGUUCCCACGAUACGGUAGAAAUCAGCGGAUGCGAGCCCGAAGACAAGGAUGGCAGCCAAUUUAUAAUGUCGCCGUACGUCGGGAUGUUCACGCUGAGAUGGUCGGCUUGCAGCAGGAAGUUCAUCACCUCGUACCUCGAGAGCGGUCUCGGUGAUUGCUUGAACGACGAUCCCCGAAAUCCACCGGAGAAGUACAAGUACCCAGGGAUGCUGCCGGGUGCGAUGUACGAUGCCGAGUAUCAGUGCGACAUGGGUUUUCCUGGAUCGAAGUUGUGCGAUUUGGGCCAGGGUGAUUUCUGCAAGCAACUCUGGUGUCGGAUGGGCGGUUCCUGUAAAUCUAAAGGCGAUCCACCCGCCGAAGGAACAAAGUGCGGCGAAAACAAGUGGUGCAUUCACCAGGAAUGCGUGGAAGCGGGUUCGCGACCAGCAGCGGUUAACGGCGGAUGGGGCGAAUGGAACCCUGCGGGCGAGUGCUCCAGGACGUGUGGAGGUGGCGUUAAAACGUCUGAAAGGGAAUGUAAUAAGCCUGCUCCGGCCAACGGGGGCAGGUACUGCAUAGGAGAGCGGAAAAAGUACUCUACCUGCAACACGACUCCUUGCGAUCCGAACAAACCAUCGUUUCGUGCAGUUCAAUGCGCGGAGUACAAUAACCAGACGGUUCUGUCGGAUGGAUUGCACACUUGGUCCCCUUAUCUCAUGUCGGACAAAGACGUAUGCGCUCUGUACUGUAUCAACGAACGGAACACCUAUGUGAAGCUGUCACCAACGGCGAAAGACGCUACACCGUGUAAAGGAGGAACAAAUCAUAUGUGUCUCGCCGGGGCUUGCAGGAAGGUAGGCUGUGACUGGGUAAUCGAUUCGGACGCGAUAGAAGAUCAAUGCGGGAUCUGCAAAGGCGACGGCACCCAGUGCAGUCCUGUCGAGGGGACGUUCAAAAAUAAGGGAAAAAUGAGUACGUGAAAUUAUUCAACAGGUUACAACAAAGUUGUGACGAUUCCGAAGGGAAGCAGAAGUAUAACGAUAUCGGAAAAAGACGAGAGUAUGAACUGCUUGGCACUGAAGCCGGAAAAGGGAGAUAAAUAUUGCUUGAACGCGGAUUUCCGGGAAGAAAGAAACGGAGAGUACGAAUGCGUCGGGGCUUUGGCUAUAUACUCGCAUCCAUUACCGCAGAAAGAGGAGAUCGAAAUAAAAGGACCCAUUAAGGAAGAUCUUCAAGUACAGUACGUGUUCUUCAAAGCAGACGAGAAUCCUGGGAUACACUACAAAUACUAUGUCAAGUCGACUAAUUCGACUUAUACCCCGAAAUACAUUUGGGAGUUUGUCGACUGGUCUUCGUGCAGUGCGAAAUGCGGUGGUGGUACAAUGAUUUCUGAAGCAUCCUGCGUGGAACAGCAAGCCGGGAAAGUGACGCCUAAUUUUUGUAAAUCCAUUCCGAAACCGGAACCGAAGAGUCGAAUAUGCAACGAAAAAACAUGUCAGCCAAAGUGGCGAGUAAGUCAAUGGAGCAAGUGCAAUGCCUGCGACGGCAAGAAAGGCAUCAGGCGUCGAAAAGUGCAAUGCGUGAAACCAGCGGCUCAUCCCGGAGGCGAUGACGUGCAAGCGAAUCUGAACGCAUGCAAAGGUCGAGUGCCAAAGCAGCAAGAGGAAUGCGUCGGCACGAGACCUUGCCGCAAGAAGUGUCCAAAGAAAACUCGCGAGUCGAAAACGGAAGACGUCAAGGAUCUGGAGAACAGCCGAGGCCUGACUAUCGAGGAACAGCGCCAAAUGCUGGACAAGGUUGUGGACUUGGGAAUAGCACGCUACUUGGAAAAGUCUUUCGGAGGAUCCGUCUUAAAGUCGGAGAAACGAGAUGUAGCCGAUGAUUUCCGACAGCUACUUCGAGAGUGGGUGAGAAACACCGAAGACAAGCGCAAGAGAAGCACUCAGUGCCCCGAGGGCAAGAAAUUCACGACGCCAAAGCCGGGGACCAUCGUUAAGGAUACCAUCAGACCGGACCGUGCCCGGUUGUAUGUCGCACCUAUCAGAGACGAAUUUUUUGUCUCAAAUAUGUCGGAUAGAGGCUUCCAGGAGGAAGGCGACGUUGCACCCGUGGCCAUUGACACGAAACAAGAGAAGAUCUACAAAGGCGCGGAAGCCAUCAAGCUCAUCGGAGAAAUGGUUAACCACAAUUCCACUGGAGGAGGGGAUAAUACAUCUUCCACUGGAAAACAGUGCUCCACGACCCCGGUUACCGAAACCGAGACCUAAAACUCGGGGGGGAAAGCUGAUCCUAGAGCUUUCGCCUCGCUAAGCGUAAGAUUUUCAACGAUGUAAUGAGAUUGAGAAUAAAACUUAA